CGCAAUGAGACUAAUACAAGCAGAACACUAACAGUCACCGUGUCCCAUCACACCCGCAUUCCCUUUUGAUGCUAAAAGCCGAGAAUGCUUACGGGACAGUGGCCGCGUAAAAGUGGUGGAGGGGACGCCGCGGAGAAACGCGAAAGGCUGCGAGCCGGGCUGCUCUGAGCCUGGAGGAGCCCGUGAGGCACCGCGGAGGCAGCUAGCCGGCACCCCGCGGGCCAGCAGGCGCUUUCCUUUUAGUCUGUUGCGCUCUUCAGUGCUGUUUCCAGGCUCCAGAUUUACUCUGGGGGUGUUUUUUGUUUUUUUUUUUUUCUUUUUUCUUUUUCCUGUGAAGUUUUUGCUGUGAGUUUAAGGACGUUUUGGAAAUAAGGCAUUACCGGAAGCAACAGUCUGGCAGCCUGGGGUACGCUCAGGUUGUUAGUUACAACUAUUUUUAUUUGGAUUUUUUGUUUGUUUGUUUUUUGUUUUGUUUUGUUUUGUUUAAUCCAGGCCAGCCACUUUUCACUGUCAUCCAUGGAAGGGAUCUUAUUAACCUCCUUAGACUUUGGGGACCUAUGACUCUUUGGCGUGAACCCUUCGGAAAGUUCUUCAGCGGGGAUGGAGCGAUCUUGAUUUCAAUUGUGGAAAGAGAAGGCUGAUCUGUACUUUUCAUGCUGACAAAAAAUAGCUGCUAUGACUUCUCCGGCAACGUGGACAGGGGCCAAGUGAACCUGAACUGGUCAUGGUCUGUCGUCCAGUGUUCCCUUGUCGCCGGCGAUUUUGUCCCCGGCCCUUCUUGGUGGGCUUGGUGGUGGCAGUCUGUCUCUUCUACCAGACCCUGACCCUCCGAGGGACGAGGAAGCUCACAGCCGCUGUCCCUGGGGCUGCCACGAGCACACCCCCCGAAACCCGGGCAAGCAGAUGCAAGAAGGGGUUCUCCCCCGACAGUCAGUGCUUCCUUUCCUCCGGUAAUGCCCAGGAUAUCAGAAAGGUAAACAUAUUACCAGAUAUACAGCAUCAGCUUUGCAGAAAAGAAGGAUUAUGCCAAAUAAUUAGAAGAUUUCCAGAACUACGACUUCCGGUGAGCCCUUCUGUAUGUCUGGAUCAGAACGUGCAGUUAAAGCUGAGUACUUCGAGUCACCUUUUAAAAACAGUGAAGCCACAUAUGUGGAAACCAUGGGAUUGGCGACGUGAACAGCUGAAUCAAACGACAGUCCUUGCUCCACAUGAAACAGUCUUCCGAGCUGAGGAAAUAUCUGUGAUUCUUAAAGCGUAUGUGUUGGUGACGUCCUUAACACCUUUGCGUGCAUUCAUUCAUUCAACUGGCACAGUUUGGAAUCCACCAAAGAAAAAACGCUUCACUGUCAAGCUGCAAACAUUUUUUGAGACAUUCCUGACAGCCAGUUCACCUCUUCAGGCUUUUGAUAAUAUGAAGGAAGCAAUUAGCAAACUCCUCCUAGCAGCUGAAGUAUUCAGCGAAACAUCUACUCUGGGACCAAAGGCCUUCAAUAGAUGCAGAUUAUGUUUUCAACUUUUCACCUUUGACAUUGGUUACUACAGUUUCCCAGACCCUGUAGUGCUCCAGGUGCAUGAGCAUUUAAAUUUUCAAGAUGAUGAUAAUACGGAUUUUGAGGACCAAAACACAGAAGAAUUCCUUUUACAAGAUACUUUCAAUUUUCUCUUCUCUAAUGAAUCUUCACUUCCAAUGUUUUCUGAGAUACUUCAGGGACUUUAUAGAUCAGGUGUUUUUAAGGGUGAAAACUAUCAGAAGGAACAAAACCAAUGCCUGUCUUUAGAGGAGAUGAACUCAAUUAUGACUUUCAUAAAGGAACUUGGGAACUUGGGGCAAUUCCAACUGCUCUUCCCAUCUACUACUCCUGGGAUUCGAUCUUUGAUGCGUGAAUUUUAUGAUAUGGCAAAACCUGUAGGACAACCUGGUUCAGUCCUGACUCAAUCCUGGUCUCUUUUAAAUGUAUUUGAACAGUUGCAGCUCCUGAAUAAAAAGGCACAGCUACAUCCACUGGAAUGGAAUUCUUUCAUAGAGGAUGAGAACAUUGAAAAACCACAAGUGCCAUCUGAUGCAACUGGAAAUAAAAAAGCUGUUGUUCCACGAAUUAUGAAUGAUACCAAAGAAGUUCGCUGCAGUAAUGAUGACACACAAUGUUAUAUCAAGCAGAUCCUCACACAUCCACAUUUGGAACUAAAUCCUGAAUUUAACCCGAAGAUCAAGGAUUACUACUCUGAAGUCCCAUUUGAUGUGGUCAUGGUGACAAUUGGAGCGGAGACUUCUAAGUGUCAGUGCAAGGUGUACCUGCAUGAUCGGGCAGGACCAAGUUUUGCCAACUAUCCUCUGGGUUUGGGAAUGAACAAAAUCUCAAUGCUGGUGGUGGAUGAAUCUCCAGCACAGGGGGAGACCUUGAUCACGUACAAACUCACCAUCUACAGAGAAGACCGUCCAAGUCUGCCCUUGUUUGAGGACUUCACAGCAUGUGGUUUUGUGCAGGAUUGUGGUUUGCUGAUUCACCCAGAGGAAACCUGUGGGUUACAGCCUAUUUCCUCUGACUACAUUGAAGCCAUUUCACAGCCCGAACUAAAGAUCUGUCCAUCUGGGGACACAACAGGCCAAUGGAUCGUGCCUUGCCUUAGCUGUUCAGACAACAGGACCUGCGACUGGAGAGAAAUAACUUGGCAACCCCACGACUGCCAAUAUGGUGUUCUCACUAAGCCCCAACUCCAGCAGUGCCUGGGAGGAAGGAAGAUUCUUUUCAUUGGAGAUUCAACCAACAGAGGGAUAAUGUACUACCUGAUCGAAAGACUGAAUGAAACCCUGCAGGAAUGGCAGAAGGUGCAUGGCACGAAAUUCUAUCACAACGUCAACGGUGGGAAGACUUUGAUCAGUUACUCCUACUAUCCCCAGUUCUGGAUAAGCCCUUCAUUGAGACCAACAUUUGAGAAAGCGCUCGAACAUCUCUUGCAAAGAUCCCGCCCCCUGGAGAACACGGGCCAGACGGUGUUGGUUGUUGGUGGUGUCCAGUGGCUCAAUUCCAAUCACCUACAAAUUAUUCACAAGGUUUUGAAGAGGGAAAAUUUACUCAAUAUCCUUGUGAUCAUCAAAACUUUGGGAAUUGGAUUUCAUCUGCCAGUGGAUGGAUUGCAUUUCUUGACACAGAGUGAAGUUCAGAACUUAUGGAAGGAAAAUGUGAUUAUUCUGGAUACCGCAAAAACCUAUGGCUAUGAAGUGGUUGACACAUUUACUAUAACGAUGGGACGAUACAAGGAGUUUUUGCAAGGGACAUGCGGGUGCCAUUUUCAUGAGGUAGUGAAAUCAAAGCUAUCCAAAGAAUAUCACUUUAUUAAAAUGAAACAAUCAAAUAAUCACAUUGUAGGGAAAUAUUUCAGCAAUCAAAGCAAACUACGACGACGACGACAAGACCCUGUAACAAAUUUUCAGUCCCCCUAUCAUGUCAGAGGUCCAAUUAAUCAGGUUUGCUCUGAAAUCCUUCUCAGCAGGAUGUGUGUGAGUGAAAGAACUGUGUAGACUCCCUGCAGGACGCCCGAACUUGGAAUUGGAGGCAAGCCACUCACUCACCUGGGCAGUGGUCUCAGAACCCAAUCCUGUAUGCCACGUGUAUUUGGACCGACUGCACACCCAGGAACCCGGGCACACACAUACACACCAACACACGCGCGGCUAAAAAAAAAAGUAAUAAUAACACUUUUUUCCCACAGCUUUGUAAGGUUGAGGUGUGCACUUGAAAAUCAUGUGUCUUCAAGGGGAAAGCUAGAGCUAGAGAAAGGUUACUUGAAGUAUAAUCGUGAAUUAGAACCACUGUGGGCUAGGUAUUGCAUUGUGAUAAUAAGGAGAAAUAGAGACACUUGAAUUAUGUGGACAAAAAAGAUAAAGCUCUUGAGAUCGCGUUAUCUUCUUUCUUGGUACGUGAAUACUGAAAAGAAGAAAAAAGCAGUUACAUUCCACUCGCAAGUAGGGAUUGUGUUUGUGUCCUCUACCGGGAGAAAAUGUGAGCUCUAUGAUGGCUUAGGCUUUGUGAAUCUAAUGUUUAUGAAAAAUAUGUCUUCCUAUACUUCUUAAAUUUUACAAUCGAAAGGAAAAGAACAGGGAUGCUCCACGAGGAAUUCAAAAAGAUUCUAUGAGAGAUAGGAAAUGUAAUAUUUUACAAUUAAAACACCAAUGCAUUUAACUUUGCACUCUUUGUCCUUUUCAUAAACAUUCCCUCCUACCCUGUCUGUGAACUUGGAUGGGUAACUGCAGUCUAAGUUGAUUAAAUAUGCAAUUUUAAAGUGUAUUAUUUUAUUAUGUUUUACUGACGAUAUCCGUUAAGAAAGCUUUUGUUUGCUGUUAGAAUCCUGGGUAAUUUAAGAUUACAUUUUAUGCAAUAUUUUCAAAGGAUUGGCCAUUUGCAAGUGCAGAGGAGUUUAUUUUCAUACAACAUGUGUAUAUGCCCACAAACAUUGUGUCACUGGUAACUAUAUUUUGAUUUACCUAAUACAAAUUUAGAGUAAGCAUAAAAUUAUUUUUUCAUUAAAACUGUGGCAUACAUACACAACAUGUCCAGUUCUAGUAUUGAGAACUUUCUCUUCUAUAUGUUAAUUUCAAAAUAGUGAAUUUCCUUAUUUUUCAAGUUCUUUGUUGUGAGCUAUCCCACAGUUAAAACUGGCUUUUAAAGGAUUGUUUUUCUUUUGGGGGGAAAAAUAAACCUGAGAGGGUUAUUGAAUUCAUGUUACAAAUACCUCAAUUUCAUUACCAUACCCAAAAAAGACUAUUUUGAUCAAUCAGUUCCUUUGUAUGAAUAUCCACCUCUUUAAAUACUCUAUUUUUAUAUAUAUUUUUAUAUGGAAGUAAACGUGAAUUUAUAUUUAACAGUCUUAAAUUAUAUUUAAACACAGCUAUCACUUGAUAUAAACAUAUCUGCCUUUGACAGAUGAUAGAUUUUUCUUUAAUGGUACAGAAUUACCCUUUCAAAUGAAAGAUUUUUCGAAUACCUGCACCUAUAGUAAGCACCAUAUUUAGGUUUUCGAUUUUUUUUAAUGACAUAAAAUGUUGCCAAUUCAUGCAGCCUCUCCAGCGUGUUUUAAUGUAUUACAUGCUCUAUAACAGGAUUAUAGCGUAGAUGUUUCUUGUAAUUUACUGUCAACCGAACUAUAAUAACUGUCUGACUGAGGUUAGUCUGGCAUUUACCUCUUCACUGUUGAAAUAAUAGAUUUUAGAAACAAGUGUAAUAAAACUAAUAAUAAAUGUCUUACUGGUGA